CAAUCCGUUUCGACGAUAUAUAAAAAGUAGUUUCAUAUAAAUGUAAUUAAAAGUGAAUAAAAAAGUUGUGCUAUUCUUUGCCAUUAAUUUACAGUUUUGUUGUUUUGAUGGCAAACAAAAAGUUGCGAUAAGUCCGUGAAGUUAACAACAAAACUGUCGACAAAUUUCUAGACAAAUAGCUUUUAAUUUAAAACUAAAAAUUGAAUCAAAUUUCAUAAUAUAAGAAUUGAAUCGAAAUAUAAUGAAUAAAUUAUUUGCUUUACUUGUUAUCAUAGUUUUGGUCACUUGUUUGCCACAUAUUAAGGCCAAAAAAUCGGCGAAUGAGUGCAAAGGGGGCCGAGAAUUCUGGAGCUGCGAGUCGGCCACCAAAGAGUGUCAGCGAUUGUGUGAAAACAGACACUUUGUCAGAAGAGCAAAAUCCAAGGCCUGCAAUAAGUCCUGUCAUUUAUCAUGCGUUUGUAUCCCAGGAUUUCUUCGUGAGGGCGAGGAUGGAGAGUGUAUUCCGGAGACAGAGUGUCCUAACGCUUGAUUCACGGC